UUUUAAUUCUUGGUCCUAUCUGGUCAUUUUAACGCAACAACCGACUCACCACGUUCUCUAUAUAAAUAAACCCCGAGCCUCCCGUUUCUAUUGUGGUCGCAUAUUCAGUACUUGCUCUCUAAGUUUGCUCUCUUUUCUGAUCUUUCCCUGUAAUCCUUUCAGUUCUCGUCAAGUAAAGUACAUGGUUGAUCUAGAGGUUCAGAUUCCUACUGCUUUUGAUCCAUUCACUGAGGCCAAGGAUUCGGGCGCUCCUGGGGUGAAAGAGUAUGUUCAUAUCCGCAUUCAGCAAAGGAAUGGAAAGAAAAAACUGACGACAGUUCAAGGGCUACCCAAAGAAUUCAGUUACGAGAAGAUCCUCAAGGCUGUCAAGAAGGAAUUCUGUUGUAAUGGAAACGUUGUGCAUGACAAAGAACUUGGAGAGGUAAUCCAGCUCCAAGGAGAUCAGCGAAAGAACGUUCAGAGUUUCCUUGUUAAUGCUGACCUUGUGAAGAAAGAAUAUAUUAAGAUACAUGGUUUUUAGAACCUUUGUGGCUAGGGACCUCGCUGAGCUGCUACUGAUCUAUGCGUGUGGUCUUGGGACCUCGAAAUAAGUAUUUGCUGUCUGUUGCUAAUAGUUGGCUUAGACUUGGUUUUUCUUUUUCAGCCUUUUAUUUUUCAUUUUAAAAUAAUGGCAAUGGGAAUGGGAAUGGGAAUUGCAAUUAGAUGUUCUUCUGUUGUUCUAAUGCUAAUGGAUGUUUUUAGAUUAAUGAAGCAUGACAUUCAAAUUC